GUGACCUCUCUGUCAGUUCAGCUUUUCACUGUUCCCACAAUAGUAAGUUACUUUAUUACUGACCCUGUGUUACUCUUAUUACAGUUUUUGGAGUUGAUGGAGUGUAGCAAAGUUACACCAGUUACAAACCAAAGCCUCACUAUCUAGCCUUGUAAAAUUUUAUGCUUACAAGAUGUUAUGCAUUUUAUUGUCAGACCACUUAAGCGUUGAAUGCAUGACCAGCUAAGACUGUUGCAGUUGUAAACUUAUAAACUUCGAAAACCGCCAGUUCGUAAUUCAAAUUUUAAUAUCCCACCCAGUUUCUCUGUACUCUCUUUGUACUGUUACAGUGUAUCUCACAGUAAAACCAUGCAAGGGUUAGUACAGUCAAGGCUGUCACUUUUAAAUGAAUGGGAGCUAGGGGUUUCCCUUGAACUUCUAUGAGCAACACCCAGGGGUAUUUUAAUAGGAAAAUAGAACCCAAUUUAACACCAUGUUGCAAUUAAAAAAACUGGUUACCAAAAUGACAUUGGCAAAACUGUACAAGGCUGUCAUCCUUCCGCAUUUUCAAUAUUGCUCAUCAGUAUGGCAUUUCUGUGGAGCGCAAAAUGCAGAAAAACUAGAAAAUCUUGAUAAAAGGAUUCUUAGAUUUAUAUUAGGCGACUUUGAUUCUACCUAUAACAAGUGAAGUGAAGUCAAUUAUGUUUCUUUAUACAACAGACAUACAUGUACAUACACAAUAUGCUAAUUUUGGGAGUAUUAAUUUUCGCGAUUUUCACCACCGGGAAAAUAUUAUAAAAUGUAAUAUUUGCGAAAUAUAAUACUCGUGAAGAUUAAGAUCGUGAAAUUUAAUCCUAGACAUAUUAAUAUCCAUAAAAUAGCGAAAUUCAAGCUGUUGCUUUAUUAGACAUUCCAAUUAGGACCACUAUAUCAUGUCUGACAGAACAUCAUAAGAACAAAUGUAGCUGGUGACUUGAAAUAAUAGAAUCAACCCUGGCUGGUGCUGGGUAUUUAAAAUAUUUCUUUAAAUUUCCCCCUCGUUAAUAUUGACCAAUAAAUUUACUUCUCCAUGUACGCAGCAGAGGUUUGCGGCAUAUGUCAUGAAAUGUUCUUUCAAUUUUUUUAGGCCAGAAUGUUGAUUUUAGACCAUGAUGUGUUGGAAGUUGUUCUUGGGUCAUUUAUGGACCAUCUUAGGCCUGCUAUAAAUGGUAUGUUUGAAUUCCUCUCUCUGGCCGAAAAUAAGAGAAUCACUUUUGCAUUCACUCUUUCAUUCUUUCUUUUUGUUACCGAGUAA